AUGAGAAGGCAAGAUAACCGAACAAGAAAUGGUAAAAUCUGCACCAACGUCUUAGGAGUGUGUAAUCGGGAGAUAGGUUUUGUUUAUGUACUCAAUGGAUGGGAGGGAUCGGCAUCUGAUCCACGGGUACUUCGAGAUGCAAUAACUCGUCGUAGUAGUUUUAUGAUACCCCACUGUAAUUACUAUUUAGUAGAUGUUGGUUACACAAAUGGUCCGGAAUUUCUAGCACCGUAUAGAGGCACUCGAUAUCAUAUUAGAGAGUGGGCCCAAGGAGCACAUGCACCUCACAAUUAUCAAGAAUAUUUUAAUAGGGUUCAUUCUUCCGCUAGGAAUAUUAUUGAGCGAUGCUUUGGUUUGCUGAAGAAGAGGUGGUCCAUCUUAAGAAGCCCUAGCUUUUACCCUUUAAAGACACAAUCUCAAAUAAUUAUUGCUUGUUGUUUACUGCAAAAUUUCAUUCGAAAGAGUAUGGAUAUGGAUCCGGAGGAGCAAGGUAGCAUAUUGGAUGAAUUUAUGCCUGAUGGAGAUGAAGCACAAGAUGGAAUGAUUGAUGUGGUUGAAAACACGAACGAGUGGACUCACUGGCGUGACAACAUAGCAACUGAGAUGUAUGAAGAGUGGUGA